AUGUUGUUCCAGGAAGCACGAGGACCCCAGCUGAACAUUGAUAUGAUCACAAAUGCAGUGCAGAACCUCGAGUUCCCAUGCUGGGCCGCUGCUGGUCUUGAGGAUUUGCAGUCCUUCCUGGUGACCGAAGCAAUUCGGGGUCGUUGGGCAAUGGUCGAGAAAGCUAUGCAGCAACAUGGAAAGAAUAAGGAUAAGCCUGACGGUGGUGCCAGCAAGCCGCGCCUGUUGGCAACGCCGGCCCGCCCUCCCAUCAACACCCCGAUGAUCGAGACCCCGCCAGCAGCCCCAGCAAAGAAUGCAACACCGGGACCGAGCCCUAUGUCCACCGGAAGCACCCCUCUGAAGUCCCCGGAUGCCAAGCGGCAUCGCAGCACGUCAUCCCUGUCCUUGACUGCAACCGAAGUCCCAAGGCUUCCUAGCUUUUCAGAGGCCUCCUCCAAGCCCCGACAUUCCGAUUCCUCGACUACGAUUAGCUUGGCUGAGUAUAUGGGGGAGUUGAACCUCAACAAAGGACUAUCCCAAGAUCUCUCUGGCGCCGAGCCAGCCGAGGGGUCGCAGCACUUCUGUGGUGCUGCCUGCUUCGUGAAGUCUUUGGAGAUGGCAAAGCAACCGGCUGCCGAGACGGCAGCACAUUCAGAGCCAGAUCCCGAGUCAGCCCCGGCAGCCAGGGCCUCCCAAGCCGAAGUGGAAACACAGUUGGACCCGAUUCCUGAGCCAGCUGCUACCCCCGCAGCUUCGACGGCCAGUGCUUCGGUCGCAGCAGGAUGCUGCUCUGCGAGUGCAGUGGCUUCAGGCGGAAGUUUGCAUGUCGCAGCGAGCUGCCCGACCGGUUCAGCGACGGCAUCGGUUGAGAGCCCAUCGGCUCCUGAGAAGUCAGUUGAGGGCCAAUCGGCCCCUGACGCUGAGAUGUCGGUUGAGGGCCAGUCGACUAAAGUCAGGGAUGACCUCGAGGUGCAUCUGGAGCGACUUCUGGAGGAGCAAGAUGAGGUCGAGCAAGCGCAGCAUCGAGCAGGUGAGGCUGAGCAGCGAGCCAAGGCUUUGCAGUGCCUCCUGUCGGCACUUUUGCAGCAGCCGGCAGAGCUGAGUGGAGCCCGCUCGAGGUUUAUCCAGGACAUGCUGCGAAGGCCGGCCACUUGCGACAUUGAGGACAUGGCCCGGCAACUGGGUGGAGUGGAGACACAGCCAGGGUCCGACGGGACAGUUGUGCACACAGCGGAUGUCAAGACGGAGUUCAUGGAGCCGGCAGAUCUGCCGCCGGAGACCCCAAAGGAGUCA